GUCAUAUUGAAAAUCAACUGCUGAUCGGCGCUCUACUCUGCUAUCUGGCUCACGGCUGAUCUUCCAUAUCUACUGCGUGUAGCCCAAUGGAGCAGAUCCCGACCCCUCCGGCUUCCCGCCAUGGUUCACCCUCAACGGAGCAUGGCUCCAAUGAAGUGAAGUCUGAACAGCAGCUGGAUCAUCUGCAGAUGCUGGACGAUUUGCUGGAGCGGUACCUUCACCUUUUAGAUCAGCACCAAAAAUUGCAAGCCGACUUGGGUGCCCGGCUGUCCUCGGGGUUCAUUUCCCUCGCGCAGGCGAACUUUACUUGUUCACCUGGGCGCAGAUACGGAGCAGAUUACUACGAUGAGCGCAUGAAGGCGACAAGGAGAGUGAAUCUACAAGAAGCGGCUUCCCACUCAGCUUCAGGGGCCGACUCGACUCCCAGAAAAGAAACUCUGGAGAAGACUUCCUCAACAAGCGGGUUCCAGCAUAGCUUCGCAAUCGAAUCCGUUACUGUCGAGCAGCCCAAGGAGCGAUCCGAGACGGACGACGAAAAUGAAUCCUCUUCAAUGGAAGAUACUGCAGAUGCAGAAGACGAUGGGACCCAAGACGCCGAAGAAAGCACAAGCCAAGCCGCUGCUUCAAACAUGGCUGCUAAUACCCCUCCAGCAGAAGCGGAGACAGAUACGAGGUCGAAGAAAGCGAAGAGGCGUUUUCGAUCGUCGGAUCCGAUCUACUGGUACGGAAUCUUGUUGCCCCUUUCUUUGCGUAGCGCCCAGAAGUCCUUCACCGAAGCUGUCGAGGGUCGGGUCUCGGAAUUGGCCAAUAUUGUUGUUGAGAUGCGCACGGUGGAGCAGCAAAUCAAGAAGGUAAGAAGUGCGAUAGGCCAAGAAUAAGUGAAGAUGUCUUCGCAGGCACAAGCGCAACACGAACGCCGGAAGAUGGAGUCUUUGUAUAUGAACCAGCGAGCUAUGGACAUGUUCUUUAAUGAGCUCUAGAAGACCUCAGCUCCACCUUCCAUCAAUUCUUCGGAAUUGUAGAGACAUUGUCGGAUCUCGCCGGUGGUCAGUCCUGUAGAUAGACCCGAUCUAUUUUUGUAAACAGAUAAUGGAGUC